UGUGAACUACUUGCGCAUUGUCCCAACAAGAGCCCACCUGCCCAUCCCAUGUCAGGAUGGCUUGCGUGUCUGCAGUGCUUGCAGUUCCUCUCUUAGACUUUUCUGAUCCGCCGUGAAAAGAAUUCGUAUGAUAGACUGCGACGACUCUCCCAUCCUUUUGGCGCCCGGUCGCGGCUUUGCCCUCCGAUGACGCCUCAGAAGCUCACGAGAAAUGAAUCUGGCCGAUCCACGUCUCAGGAAAUCCACGACCAACAUGACCUGACGCUGUCUCGCACUCCACGUCCAUAUCUUCUCCGGGCAGAGAGCCUGAGGCUGGCGCAUUUCCAGCGCAUUGACAAUGGCUCCGAUGUUGUCUCCAACGGCUAUGUAUCCUCCCCGAAACCCAGCCGUUCCGAGUCCAGCGAGAGCGGGACAGAGGCAGACGAUGAGAAGGGGCCCUUUCUCAAGGGACUUCCUGCGCCGCCUCCACGUCUGCACAAGGGACUUCGAGGAACUUCGCCCGCCAAUUUGACUCCCGCCCACAGCCCGCUUCCCACGCCGCCAGCCUUUGUUGAAGGGGAGGAACCACGAUUCUUCGACUCGGUGCAGAAGGCAGGAAAAAAACCACAACGGACGAAAGAGCAGGCGAGAGACUACGAAGCAUAUAAGAAACGAAAGCGACGCGAGAUCGUUCGACGAUGCACGGAAACGUCGCUUCUUUGCGGCAUCGGGGUGGUCGUCUGGAACAGCAGAGGGGGCUCAACAGGUCUCAAGGACUGGCUCCACGAAAUCACGGCUUUCCUCUUAAUCCCGCCGUUCGUCUAUCUGCUCUAUCCGAUCAGGCUCACUAUGCGUGCCUUGGCCGCAAGAAAGUCUGUUCUGCAUGCCAUCAGGCUGGGAUUCCACAUCCCCUCUCGAUUUGACCCUGGCCCUCUGUUGUACCCGGUGACGCUGCCAUUAAUGAUAUCCAUUUCUCUAUUCCACCAGAGCAUUGCAUUUCUCCCAGCAGCAAUCAUCUGUGGGCUGUCGUCGAUACCGCCAAUGAUUACAGCAACACCAAAGACUCCAACCCUUGGGGUGCAUCUUCACUGGCUCCUUUCCAUUGUACCUUUACAUACCUCGAAAUACCGAUUAUCUUCUGCCUCAGUUCCGAAGCCGUUGUCUUUGAAAAUCGAUCCCGGCUCUCCGUUGACCAGGGAAGACCUGGUGCUCCUAUUUCCCUUGCACCAGGCCUUGAUCUCAAUGCUCGGAUACCUUACGACUUCAAGUCUGGACGUUUCAGAACUACACCUCCUUUCCUCAGCACUGAUUAACCUCUACAUUUUUGCUCGGACGCCCCAGGCCGAGAUUCUCAAAGCGAUGAUAUGGCUGGGAGGUUUGAGCAUUUUCAUUACAUGUAAGAACGUCCUGAUGUGGGAAGUCGCCCUGGCACGGGUGCCCACUUGGAGGCUGUUGCGUUCACGGCGGCCUGGGGGAUUGAUGUCCAAAUUCGAUCAGUACAUAUGCAGCUUCCUUGUACGCAGCAGACAUCAACGCGCCCAGGCAGACAGUUCCGACACUGAAGAUGAGGUUCAACCCAUGAAUCCUAUUCGGAGACUGAGACCCCGGUUGAAGCUGCAGCUGAAUGGCAGAGCUUUCUCUGCCACGGGACCUGCCCAGGAGCCUGUGUCGGCCUUUGAGACGCCGCUUUCCAAGGCUACUUCACUGGAUACCGCAGCUUUGUCGGCACCGAUCCGAAGAAACACGUUCACCGCUUUUGAUCAAGGUCGGCGCAAGCAGCAAAUACCGAUAGCAAAGAAGGUCAAACUAGCUCCCACUGGGCCUUCGGCGGCGUUUCUCACAUUCAGCGUGGCACAAGCUCGAGUUCGAAAGUAUGCGUAUGCGGCGAUCGCCUACCUGCUUGUGAUGGGCACAAUCCUGGGACCGGUUCGGAUCUACGUAGGCCGACGUGCUUUGUCGAACCACGAACCCGUAGGCUGGGCGUUGGGAUACUUGCUCGGUAAUGUACCCGCCUUCCGACUUUGGGUGGUCAGCAACAACCUCGAACGAUGGAUCUGCCUCCCGGCUCGAGAAACGGACGACCCGCUGCCGUUCGGAGAUGGUGUGAUUGAACAUGCCCGCCAACAUACUCUUGGACCAGCCACCACACGCCUCAUUAUUUGUGCCUACUGCCUGGUGGUGCUCAUGGUUGGGAUAGCCGCCGUCCUCCGCCUCACCUCGGUCGUCGAAGUCGACACAAGACGCAAAGUCUUUCAUGGCAUCAUGGUUGCCAUGCUCUUGCCCACCAUAUUUGUGGAUCCCUGUUUUAUUGCGUUGGCGCUCAGCUUGAUUUUGGCGAUUUUUCUCCUCCUAGACCUGUUCCGGGCGUCACAACUACCUCCGAUCUCCAAACCCCUGACUGUUUUCCUGGCUCCUUACGUGGAUGGCCGAGAUCAUCGCGGGCCUGUGAUUGUGUCCCAUAUUUUCCUGUUGAUUGGAUGUGCAAUACCGUUAUGGCUGUCGCUUGCUGCUGCGCCGCGCGUGGGCCAAGAUCCUUGGGCUGGCUGGGACACCACAUUGCGUGACUUGAGCAUGGUGAGCGGUGUUAUCUGUGUUGGAAUGGGGGACGCAGCGGCCAGCUUAAUCGGACGGCGUUAUGGCAAGACAAAGUGGUACUGGGUCGGUGGGAAGAGCUUGGAGGGCAGCCUCGCGUUUGCGUCUGCCGUCACUUGUGGUCUCUCGGCGAGUUGGCUCUGGCUCAGAUUGGGUGGCUGGGCCUCGUGGCAUAACGGCGAUCCAUUUAUGCUGACGCUGGGGAAGUGUGUGGUUGCGGGGACAGGGGCGAGCCUCCUGGAGAGCACGCUGACCGCUGCCAACGACAAUGUCGUCGUUCCGGUUGGGCUCUGGCUGCUGGUGAGAGGCCUGGAUAUAUAAUCCGACGGAGCGCGGGCAUCAUUGCCGUGUGUAAUUUGUAGCUGUGCAAGUGAUCAGAUACCCCCUCUGGACCAUGGUUUACAGCACGCACCGGACGUACGAGGAAGUCGAUGCGCGAACUUGGUGUUCGGAGACCCUUGCCAUUAGUCUACCACUACGUCAGGUACGAGGAGCAGAUCCGGAAGAACGAACCCACUUGGCAAAGAUGGACGGACGGGCGAGUCCGAUAGGGACAGGGAGUCAGGUGUUGGGAGGCGAUGAUUCGCCCAUGGCACAGAGAGGCAAAGAAGUCCGGGGGAGAGUGGCAGAGCGAGGCAGAUGGCUGCAGAUGGCCGCAGAUGGCAGCUCUAGCCAACGAACGAGCUCCCGCCGCCUGAUCAGCGAACGAGGCGAAGCUGGGAAGAUGAUGGCCUUAUCUCUUGCUUUCCCAUAUCACUCCGAUUAGUCGUAGCCGGCAGCAGAGGAGUCACACGUUCGCUCCCACGCCUCCCCCCAAAGUCCGA